AUGCCAGCUGCGGAGAAGCGCAUCGACCCCGAGGAUGGUGUGGCAUACACCUAUGAAGAACUCGCUGAGUACUACAAGGGUAAGUACAAGAAGGCAGCAAUUGCAGCGUACUGGGAAGAAUGCAAGCCAGCAAAGAAGAAGGGAAAGGCCGCAAAGGAGCCAGAGCCCAAGGCGAAGGCCAAGGCGAAGGCGACAGCCAAGUCCAAGGGAAAGGCUGUGCCGGAGCCGAAAGCGAAGGCGAAAGCGAAGGCGAAGGCCAAGGCAAAAGCCAAGGCCGAGCCUGCGGCGAAGCCCGCCCCCCCGACGGGCAAGCCGGCCACUGCCGGGCAAUAUCGCUCGGGCAAACCUGUGAAUGUGUCGGCGCUGACCAAGGUGUCCAAGGACGACCUCGGUUUGCUGCCACAGCCACUGAAGCCCAGGUUCAGGACCUGUCUGGUCGGAAUCUACGUGCGCCCUCAGCCGUUCGGAGGCAGCGACAAGAGCUCGAACGGCCAUCGUUAUGACAGCAUUCCCUUUGCCAAUGGUAUGAUUGGUGCUGGCAUGAGCUGCCAGCUCAUUCACUACGUGCAUGAGGAGCACGACACUUUCUUCGAGGUGUGCAAGAACUUCGAUGCGAUCAUUGUGCGAUGCAAUCCUGGUCAGAUCAAGGCUGACGGAGGUGACCAGGGCAAAUUCGACGACGGCAUGCGCGCCUUGCGCAAGCAGGACAUCCAGGUCUGGCCCGCCCCGGACGUCAUGGAGUUCAUGGGCGCCAAGGAUGCGCUGUGCAAGAUCGCCGAUUUGAAGAUUGGGCUUGAGGACACACUUGCCUACUACGACCCCGCGGAUUUCGCUACAGGUUUCAAGAAGACCAUGGCUUUCCAGCCGCGCGUCAUCAAGCAGAACCGCGGGUCCUCUGGCGAGGGCAUCUGGAUCAUCAAGCUGAAGUCAGGAGACUACUGCAAGUCCUAUGGCGAGCGCUCUUGCGGUGACGACGAGAUGCUGGACCUCAUGGAGGCCAACGACAACCACUCCGAAGAGCACACCGUCGGAGAGUUCAUCGAGUUCUGCGUCAGCGGCCGCACUAGCAAGAGUGGUACCUGGGCUUCCAAGGGCGUGGGCAAGUAUUUGGAGGGUGGCAAGGAGGCCGGCGGUCAGCUCGUGGACCAGCGUUUCUGCCCUCGAAUUGUCGAAGGCGAGCUGCGCUACAACAUGGUGGGUGACGUGCUUGUCGGCAUCAUCCACAAGAAGCCAAAGGAAGGCGGCAUCAGCGCCGUCGGCGGCACCGGCUCUGUCUACACUUACUACGGCCCCAAGGAGAAGCGUUUCAAGAACCUGACGGACAACUUCCUCAAGGACGACCUGCCGAAGAUCAUGCCAGCACUCGGCCUGGGAGAGGAGCCCAUCCCACUGUGGUGGACGUCUGACUUCAUCAACUCCUCCCCAGAGGGCACGGAAGCCAAGGACGAGAAAUGGAUUGUCGGUGAGUUCAACUGCUCUUGCGUUGGUAUCUCGAAGUGUCUGCCGGCCUACUGCAAGGAUGACACUCCGAAUGCCUGCUACACCGACAUCCCGAAGAAGGACCUCUCGGAGGUCAAGCGCAUCAGCGAUCUCCUUGGCAAGAAGGCCACGGACAUCCUGGUCACCGAGGCCAAGAAGAGGAGCAAGCCAGCAGAGGCCGGACAGUUCUUCUCGGAUGGUCCCGUGGAUGUCUCCGCCCUCACCAAGGUGGUGAAGGAUGACCAGGGCCUGCUCCCACAGCCGAGGAAGCCCAGGUUCAAGACGGCCUUGACCGGCAUCUACGUGCGCAGCCAGCCGGGCGGUGGAACCGACAAGAGCUUCAACGGCCAUCGUUACGACAGCAUGGCUUUUGCCAACGGCAUCAUCCAGGCCGGUAUGAGCUGCCAGCUGAUCAACUACGUGCACCAGGAGCAUGACAAGUUCUUCGAUGUGGUGAAGAACUUCGAUGCCAUCAUCGUGCGAUGCAACCCAGGACAGAUCAAGGCAGAUGGCGGCGACCAGGGCAAGUUCGACAACGGCAUGCGUGCGAUCCGCAAGAAGGGAAUCCAGGUGUGGCCGGCCCCUGAUGUCAUGGAGUUCAUGGGGGCCAAGGACGCACUCUGCAAGAUCGCGACCUUGAACAUUGGGCUCGAGGACGCAGACGUAGGGCUUCAGUUCCAGUGCUUUUCCUGCGUCCAUUCAGCUGUCACUGUCGCUCCAGAGAUCGAUCCGGAGGAUACCCUGGCCUACUACGACCCCGCAGUCUUUGCAGCAGGUUUCAAGAAGACCAUGGCAUUCCAGCCACGUGUCAUCAAGCAGAACCGCGGGUCCUCCGGAGAAGGCAUUUGGAUCAUCAAGCUCAAGUCAGGUGACUACUGCAAAACCUACGGCGAGCGCUCGUGCGGUGACGAUGAGGUCUUAGACCUGAUGGAGGCGAACGACAACCACUCAGAGGAGCACACUGUGGCACAGUUCAUUGAAUUCUGUGUGAACGGCCGUACGGGCAAGUCGGGCGAGUGGACCUCCAAGGGCGUCGGCAAGUACCUCGAGGGAGGGAAAGAUGCCGGAGGCCAGCUCGUCGAUCAACGCUUUUGCCCUCGCAUUGUGGAGGGCGAACUCCGCUACAACAUGGUGGCGGAUACCUUGGUUGGCAUCAUCCACAAGAAGCCGAAGGAAGGUGGAAUCAGCGCUGUCGGCGGCACCGGUUCCGUUUACACCUUCUACGGUCCAAAGGAGAAGAAAUUCGCCGGCUUGACCAAGAGUUUCCUAACCGACGACCUGUCGAAGAUCAUGCCAUCCCUGGGAUUGGAGUCCGAGCCAAUCCCACUGUGGUGGACAUCGGACUUCAUCAAUUCCUCCCCCGUGGGAACCGACCCGAAGGACGAGAAGUGGAUCGUGGGAGAGUUCAACUGCUCUUGCGUCGGUAUCUCGAAGUGCUUGCCGGCCUGCGUGACACCGGAGGCUGAGAAAGCGUCCUACAGCGACAUUCCCAGGAAGGAUAUGACUGAGGUGAAGAAGAUCGGAAGUUUGCUGGGCAGGAAGGCCCCGGCCUUGGCACACGGGGGCUCCCAUCUUGUGGAAGAGCCCGUCAUGGCAGAGCGCCAGGACAAGCAGGUGGAGUCAUUGAAGCAGAUCCUGAAGUCCGUGAACUAUCGCCCUGACUUCCCCAGAUCAUCCAUGGACGACGUGCCCUCAGGAAACAGCGGCUUGGUCGAGAAGCUCAUGAACUGGAAGCGGAGCUGA